UUACAUUCCAUUAAGGAAACCAAAAGGAACAAGAAAAAUGGGUUCCCAAAUCUUGUUCUUCUUCAUGUUCUCAUUGCUCUCAAUUUUCUCCACCAUUUCGGAAUCUGCCUUAGUGCCUGCAAUCUAUGUGUUCGGAGACUCAUUAGUCGACGUUGGAAAUAAUAACCAUUUGAAGCUUUCAAUAGCCAAGGCCAACUUUCCCCACAACGGAAUUGAUUUUCCGACCAAAAAGCCGACCGGGAGAUUCUCUAAUGGCAAGAAUGCUGCGGAUUAUAUUGCCGAGAAGGUGGGGUUGCCGACAUCGCCGCCAUAUCUGUCUCUCAUAUCCAAGUUCAGAAAGGUUAUCAACACGAAACCCUUUAAGACAGGCGUAAGCUUCGCUUCGGGCGGUGCGGGAAUCUUUAACGAAACAAAUAAUCUUUUUAAGCAAUCGGUGGCGAUGGACCAACAAAUUGAGUAUUAUUCGUUGGUGUAUCAAAAGCUGGUAGUAGAGCUGGGAUUGUCUGCAGCGCAAGCACACCUCUCCAAAUCGCUGUUUACCGUUGUGAUUGGAAGCAAUGACAUCUUUGGCUAUCAUGAGUCGUCUGAUUUGCGUAAAAAGUACUCCCCACAGCAAUACGUGGAGUCCAUGGCCUCCACUCUCAAGUCCCAGCUUAAGCGAUUAUAUGGGUAUGGAGCAAGAAAAUACGUGGUGACAGGAAUAGGAUUAGUGGGGUGCACUCCAUCGCAAAGGAAGAGGAGCAAAACAGGCGAAUGCGACGAGGAAGUCAAUAGCUGGGCAGCAGAGUACAAUGUGGCUCUAAAAUCAAUGCUGCAAACCCUCAAAAUGGAGCUCAACAACAACAUUUCCUUCACCUACUUCGAAGUGUAUGCAGUCAUGUCCGACUUCAUUCGUUCACCAUCUUCAUUCGGAUUCACGGAGAUUAAAAGUGCUUGUUGUGGGCAUGGGCAUUUGAAUGCAGACCUUCCAUGCUUACCAAUUGCAGCGUUUUGUUCAAAUAGAAACAGUCAUUUGUUUUGGGACCUCUAUCAUCCUACACAAGAAGCAAGCCGCGUGCUUGCUGAUUACAUAUUCAAUGGUCCAUUUACAUACCCAAUCAAUGUCAACCAACUCAUUGCUCUAUGAUUCUACACACAAAAAACAAGUGAGCCCUAAAUGUAUUGCUAUAUCUCUUUUGAUGUAGAGGACAAAAUAAAUGAGUGUCUCAUCAUAAUUCUUAAUUACCUUGUUUCU